UUCAAACCAGGCACUCUUGUCCUAGUUCUGAACAAGAAAGUCGAAGCUGCCUCUAAUGCAAAGUGCAAGCCAAGAUAUUUCGGUCCUAUGGUUGUGGUCUCGCAUUCUCCGAAUGGUCCUCAUCGUCUCACAGAAGUUGAUGGAACCCUGUCAAAACUCAAAUUUGCGGCCUUUCGACUCAUUCCCUACCACCCUUGCUCACCCUUGUCUAUCAAAGUCAUGCACUAUCUCAAUCCACAUGACCUCGAAGGCACCACUCCAGAAUAA